GGCGAUGGCGGAGUCUUUGCCGCCGGUGUGGCUAGAAGAGGAGUUAACGUGCCCGAUCUGCCUCCAGAUCUACACCGACCCGGUGAUACUCAACUGCAAGCACAGCUUUUGCCAUGCUUGUAUCGAGGAGUCGUGGAAGGAGCCGGAAUCCGGCCUCUACUCCUGCCCGGAGUGCAGGGCGAACUACCGGGAGAGGCCCGUCCUGAAGAGAAAUUUCAAGCUGGCCAACAUAGCUCAGAAAUACCAGGCGGUGAACGGAACCCCGGUGGCUCUACCCUGCAAUUACUGCACCAAGAAGAAACUGUCAGCCGUUAAAACCUGCCUGAAAUGCGAAGCCUCGAUGUGUGCCAAGCACCUGAAGCACCACAGGGAGAACGCUGUGUUCAAAAACCACCCUCUGAUAGACCCCACUGCGGACAUGUCGACAUGGAAGUGUCUGGAGCACAAGAAGCUGCUGGAGAUCUACUGCAAGGACGACAAAGUUUGCAUCUGCUGCCUCUGCCCUGUGGUGGGGAAGCACAAGAACCACAACUGUGUCAGCAUCAGCGAAGGGGAGCAGGAACUGCGGAAUCAUUUGCAACAGCAGAUAGAAAAGGUCCGGGCUAAUACUACUGCCAUCCGGUCUGGCAUUCUGCACCUCCAAGCACAGAGGGAUAAUGCACAGAGCCUGAUCAGAGAAAGUAAAACCCAAAUUCAGGAGAGGUGUAAUGCUCUACGGAGGUACUUUGAAAAUGAGGAAAAAGAAGCAUUGAAGUAUCUCGACACAGUCCAGAACCAGGUGAUGCGAGAAAUUGAUGCACAGAUUUCUGCACUGGAAAACCAAAUGGAACUCUUUGAGAAAAAUAUGGCUGAUUUCAGUAAUCUUUUAAUGAAGAUGGAAAAACUGGUUUUCAUACAGGGUUUUAAUUCAAUGAGAACAAGAAUAAAAGAGGCAUCUGAACCACUAGGACCACAGCCUCCACCCCCUGAUGUCAGUAAAAUCACAGCAGAUAAGGUAAACUGGAUACAGAAGCAGUAUGAACUAGUAUCCCGGCUCGAGAGAGAUCGAGACGUAAUGGCAACUGUGUACGGACAGACACCGACUCUAGAUAUGGAGACCGCUCAUCGCAGUGUCCUUCUGUCAGAUAAUAGACGAGUGGCUUCUGGCUCCCGGUGCAGACAGCCCUACCCGUCCUCUCGGAAAAGAUUUGACUGCUGGGGGCAGGUACUCUGCUCCGAGGAAAUCAACGGCGGUCGCUCUUACUGGGAGGUGGAGAUUGCAGGAGUUCACGGCAGAUGGGCUGUUGGGGUCUGUUACGGCAGCAUAAAGCGAAAGGGGAGGGAUAAGGAGUGUGUGCUGGGAGAGAACAGUAAGUCCUGGAGUGUGGGCUCAGGAAGCAGCAGUAGUUUUUGGAACUACCUAUCAGGAUCAUGUUCAGUUGUAGCCCUACACAAUGAUAAUGUUACAGAUCUGACUGUUCCAAUAUUCUCUAAAGUGGGAGUCUUUGUAGACUUUGAUGCUGGAAUAAUUUCAUUUUACAGUGUAUUGGGCAGCAAAUUAAAUCUAAUAUGCACAUUUCAGCAACAAUCAUUCACCGAGUCUCUUUACCCAGCUCUGAAAGUUAGUGAUUGGAAUACAUCACUGACAAUGUGUUCUCUUAACUGAAUAGUUGAUUUUCUUUUUUUUUAAAAAAAACCAUUUUAUUCUUAAGGCUCUUCUUAAAGUAGAAAACAAAGUAGGCUGGUUAAACUAAGUUAUUCCUUUUUGCAUUAAACCUUGAAAUGCAAGUUGGUAGGAGGUAAGAGUGGCCUUGUCGUCUCCCCUCAGAAUGACUCCACCGACUCCUCACUGAGGGGCUCCCAUUCUGUGGAAGAAAUACAAUUGUGCGGGUGGCGCGUGCUUCGCGGCACCCGUGGUCACCGAUAGGGGUUCAAUACCCAUUGCUGCCUGUAAGGAGAUUGUACGUUCUCCCUGUGACUGCAUGGGUUUCCCCUGUAAGGAGUUUGUACGUUCUCCCCAUGACUGCAUGGGUUUCCCCUGGGUACUCUGGUCUCCCCUCACAGUGCAAAGACGUAUGAUCAGGAUUAGUGAGUUACGAGCAUCCCAUGUUGAUGCCGGAAGCACGGUGACACUUGCAGCUUCCCAGCACAGUCCUUGGUGAUUGAUUUAAUUCAAACAACACAUUUCACUGUAUUAUGUUUUGAUGUACUGUACAUGUGACACACAAAGCUGAUCUUUAUCUUUUAAAAAAUAUGGGAAGUUUACCUGGCUACCAACAAUAUUCUAGGAAAACUUAGUUUAAAAGUUUCAAAUGUUGGAAGAGUUGGUAUUUACCUAAACAGUCAGCAGAAUCUGGUGAAAUAUCUUGACAAAAAAUGUAAACCAUGGAGAUGAUGUAGAGCAAAUACUGAUUCACUGCCAGCCCUAGUCUCAGAUUAACUACUUUUUAAUCACUUUUAUUUGAAAUGGGAAGAGGAGAUUACCCAAAGAUGAUUUUUGGUUUGGACCUCCCUUAACUUACAGAAUGAAUUAUGGUUUGGAAACUAUUACUCUAUGUUGCCAAUUCAAUGCUGAACCUCUUCUGUUUCCACUUGGGUGGAUCCCAGGUCCUUGUCCUCGUCUUGGAUUCUUGUUCCACCAUCUUCCAUUGCAUUUGUUCAAGUUUGCUAUCUUAAAUUCAAGUCUGUUGUCUUUCAACUCUCCUGAACUUACUGCUUUCUUUUGCUUGAGAACUUUCCAUUAAGUUCUCCCUACAAAUUCACCAUCUUUCCAGUCAGGGUUACUGCUGACUGUAGGUUUCUUUGACCUCUUCUUAGAUGGUGAAAUGUGAUUUCCUCACUAUCAAAUGUCAAUGUUACCUGUGGUGCAAGAGAGCUAUCUUUGGAUCACCUACUGUGGUACCAUCAUCUGAGACCAUGGUAUCUUUUAGAUUUUCACCAUUCUUCCUGUCACUGCAGACUUUAAAUUGUACCAAAGUUCUCCAAAGCUUUGGCAAACUUGUCGCCAUUACUUGUCUCUGAGCAAUGGAGCAGGUCUUCACCGCUGUCUCAAAUACCCUACUUUCCUGGCUGCCUUGUUCUCUGUUGCCUCUCAGCAGUGUGAAACGUAGAGCUAGAUAUUCUAAUUCCAGCUCCCUGAAUCCACUACUUUUAUGACCCACUGCCCACUGAUCUAAGCACGGCUGGAGUAUCUCGUAGAAUUGCCUUUAUUAUUGUCUCCUUCUUGAAGUCUUCCCUUCAUGUCCUGUUUUAUCCUGCUCUCAGGCAAGAUUAUCCUAAAACUGUUGCUAUUUUGGUACCAAGGAUACAUAGUAAAUGAUAUGAUUUUAAGAAGGGUGGGAGGAGUUGGUGAAAACAUGAGGAGAAUAAAAUGGAGUUAGUGUAGGGUUGGUAUAGAUGAAUUGGUUGAUGGCUAGCCCAGACUUGGUAGAUUGAUGGGCCCGUUUCCGUAUCUCUGAAUGUACAGGAGGGGGCAGACCUGGGUUUCUGGUGCACACAUCUUUAAAUAUGAUUUGACUGGUUCACAAAGCAGUGAAUAAAAUGGGCUGGGUUUUAAUUACAAGUUUGGAGAACCACAGCCAGGAAAACGUGCUAAUUCUUUUUAAUGAAAGGACCCUCUAGGUGGGCUGUAAGGUAUCCAGUUCUGGGUACCACACUGUAGGAAGAAUGGGAAUGUUUUGGAGGGGGCCCAGGGAGAUUUAUUCGGAAGGUGCAGAAAUGAGGGGUUGUAAUGAUGUGAGUGGACUGUAGAAGCUAAUAGCAAAGGUAGCUAGAAGGAUAAAUGAUAAAAUGCUUAAAACCUUUUAAGAGUUGAGACAUAAGUGAAGAGAAGCUGUUUCCAGUGGCUGAAGCACCAAUAAGCAAAGGCUAUGGGUUUAGAGCCAUUGGCAGAGAAGGUGCUGAGUGGGUAGUGGAUACAGAUUCAGAUGCAUCUUUCAGUAGGAAAAUGAAUAAAUACUUGAAAGAGAAGACAUGCACCAAUAAGAGAAUGAAUGGGAUCGGGGACUAACUGGGUUAUGGUGUUCAUUUAUACACCGGAUGACUGGGAUCACCAGUUGUGGUACUGUGUAAUUAUCUCCAUGCUAUCAAAAUGCAUGACUCACUGAAGUCACAGCUUGAUCAUGACUCCUUCAACUGAAUACCAGACCGAUUGAAGCGAGCAUCGUUGACCUCUGGUUUUAAAUUGCUCCAUUGCCAUUGGGCACGGUCCUUCACUUCGAUACCCAAUUCACUUUGUGUGAUCUGAUUGUGUGAUCCUGAUUAAUCAGCAAUGAACUUCCCCAUCACGGAAACUGCUCAUUUCCUCCUUCCUGGCAGCUUUUUCCUCUGUUGUACUUCAGCCCAUCCUUAAAAGAUUUUCAUUCAGAUAACGUGAAUGAGGAGGAAACCAUUUGACUUUAGGCAAAUAUAAUUGGUGUGGUCAAGAAGUGGAGGGAGGAGCAACAAGGCAAGAGAAUACACCAUAAAUAGAAGAAUACAUUUGCUUAGUGUGGAGGGAAAAGAUUCCUGGAAUGUGCAUCCUUAUAUCGUUAAAGGUAGUAGGUCAGGAUGUUACAGAAUAGAUGGUAGUGGAGAGGGUGCAGUGCAGAUGUAUGAUGAUGUUUCCAGUGCUGGAACAAAAUAGUUUUGAGGAAAGUUGAAAUAUGCUGGGGAAUACUUGGACAAGAAGAAGAAUAGAUGGUCUUAAUCGACGUGUACCAAAUCAUGAAGAGCCAAAGUUGGAAAAUUGGAGCGAAUGGGCUAUAAAUCAGGGGUUAGAUUCAGAUAAUUGGUGGAAGGAUUAGAGGAAAAGUUGGAAUUGGAGGAUAGCACUUUUCAGUAAAGAGAACUGUAUGGUUCUGAAACGUCCUCCGAAAAGUUGGGUGGGGGGGGGCGGUGUGCGGGAUGGAGUGCUGAAAUUCUGUUCACGUUUUAAAAAGUGUCCGAGUGUGUACCAGAAUAACCGUGACCUGCAGACUAGUAGAAGGAAUGUUGGAUUGUGAGAUUAGGUUGGAUGAUUUUUUUUUUGGACUGGCAAGGAUACAAAUGUCUCCCUUUGCAUCAUAAAUGUUCUGUGAUUUCUAUCAGUCUAUAUCUGCCUGUGGAAUAACAGUGCAGCUUUAUUUUAACCUCUUUGAAGGAGCAUGAGGAUUUGUUAAUUGGAAUUUUUUGUUUGCUAUUCUUGUUGGUGAACAGCAGAGGGCGGUGUUGCUUCUCUAAACUUGUUUUGACUGGUCUAAGUAACAUUGAACUGUUCAAGUAGUGACCACUGCUCACCCAAAGUGGCAUUUGUUUUUUUCCCCCCUCAUUUGCUAAUGUAAGUUGUGCCUGAAUUAAAUGCAGGCACUCUGGAUAUCAUUAUAGCCUUAUUUUAAAGGAAGUAUUAACUCCUCUAAGGAUAUAUAAUGCUACCUGCCAUUAAUGUCCAGAGCUGUAUUAUAAAGUAGGAUGUCAGUAAAGAAACCAAGAAAGAAAUUAAAUGAAAAACUUCAGGUCAUAAGAUUUUAAGAAUGAGCAUAUACAGUGGAUUCUAAUUAAUUGGGACACCUACAUUUUGGCCCAGUAAAUCGCUGCCACGUUUAAGACUCAAGAUUGUUUAAAGUCAUUUUCAGUGUAAAGGAGGACAAAAUAAUUGUUAGUCUGGAUCUGAUGCAGCACAAAGAAAAACACAAUAAUAAUUUUAAAAAUACAAUAAAUAUAAAUACAUAAGAUAGCUUGUAUAUAUGGAUUGAUGGUAUGUCCAUAAAGUGAUACCAGGCACAGGGAAUGAUAAAGUAGUGGUGGUUGGGGGUGUGGAGGGGUGGGUUAGUAGGUGGAAGUGUUGAUGUUUGGGGUAAGUAACUUUAUGAGUGUCUGGUAGUCCUGGUGUUGCUACACAGCCUCCUUGCUGAUAGGAGUGGAACAAACAGUCUUUGAUCAGGGUCGGGGCGGAGCGGGAGCCUUCAUGAUGUUACUGGCCCUUUCCCAGCAUCUUUCUAGUAUAUGUGCCCUUGAUGCUGGGUAGGCUGGUGCUGCCGAUGCAACAGGGCGCCUUUGACUACUCAUUAUAAAGUCCUUUUGUCCGCUGCAGUGCAGUUUCCGUACCAUGAAUGAUGCAGCAUGUUUGGAUGCUCUCUGCUGCGCACCUGAGGCAUGAUAUGAGAUGUGCUCUGUUCUUUAGCCUCCUCAGAAAGUAGAGGCAUUGGUGAGCUUUCCUGAUUGUGUAAAAUGUGUCCUGGUAGCACGAGAGUUGUGCAAGAUGUGCACUGCCGGGAGUUUAAAAUUGCUCGCAGUUUCCACUGCUGGACCGCCAGUGUAAAGAGGGGUGUGAGUGGUGCGAGUUCUCCUGAAGUCGAUAACCAUCUCCUUUGCCUUGUUGACAUUGAGGAAGAGAUUAUUUGCCUGUCACCAGGUCUCAAGCUCUUCCACCUCUUCUCUGUAGGCUGUCUCAUCAUUGUUGGUGAUGAGUCCCACAACUGCCUCGUCAUCGGCGAACUUGACAGUGUGAUUGCUCGUGUACUUGGUCAUGCAGCCACAUGUGUACAACAGCGGGCUCAGCACACAGCCCUGGGGGGUGGGGGGCACCUAUGUUGAGGAUGAUGGGGAAGGGAGGAGCAGUUGUGCACCCUGACUAUCUGAGGUCUGUUGGUUAGGAAUUGGGGUACUUAGACCAAGGAGUAGGAGUUUGUUCACCAAGGUCUGUGAGACAAUAGUGUUGAAUGCCCAGAUGAAAUCCAGGAACUGCUUUCUGACAUUAAUAUCUUUAUUUUCUAGAUGUGUCAGGGCCAGGUGCGUGACAGAUGCUAUGUUGGUGGGAAUGGAGUUUGUGAUGUGUGCCAUUAUCAGCUGUUCAAAGUACUUCAUGAUGAUUGGCGUCAGUGCCACUGGGCGGUGGUUGUUUAGUUCUGAAGGUGUAGGGUUCAGGGGUGAUGGUGGCUGAUUUGAUUCAAAGUUCAAAAAACUUUAUUGUCAUUCUAACCGUACAUCAGCUUUGCAGGGCAGAAUGAGACAGCGUUUCCCAGGAGCAGUGCAAUCAUAACCUAACAAACGUAACACUAAAUAAUAAACAUAACAAUAAAUAGUGAAACACAACAGCCACAUGUCAGUUAAAAUCAAGUUAUAAGUGUCCAAAGCAGAGUCAGAUAGAGCAGCUAUUUAGCAGUCUGACUGCCUGUGGGAGGAAGCUGUUUAGUAGCCUUGUGGUUUUAGUUUUGAUGCUCCUGUAACGUUUGCCUGUUGGCAGAAGAACAAACAGUUCAUGGAGAGGGUGUGAGGGGUCUUUAAUAAUGUACCGUGUCUUCUGGAGGCAUCGACUCUGAAAGAGGUCUUGGACAGAAGGUGGGGAGACCCCAAUAACCUUCUCUGCUCCCCUAACCACCCUCUGCAAGGCUUUUUUGUCGACAGCACUGCAGCUGGAGUACCAGGUUGUGAUGCAAAAGGUCAGCACACUCUCAACCACGCCUCUGUAGAAUGUAGAUGGUAAAAAGGGACUGGCUCUCCCCCUUGCUGUAGUGUUUGAUGCUUCGAAGCGUGCAAAGAAAUUGUUAAGCCUGUCUGGAAGAGAGGCGUCACUGUCAUCAGUUUUCUGCCUGAUCUUGUAGUCUGUCAGAGCUUUAAUUCCCUGCCACAUCUGUCUGGUGUCACCUGUGUCACAGAAGUGUCCAUGUAUUUUGCCCACAUAGGCUCUUUUUGCUUUCCUGAUCCCUAGUGAAAGCGCAGACCUGGCUGAGCGAAGCGCACUCCUGUCCCCCGACCUGUAGGCUGUCACGGACCUUCAGUAGUGAACGCACCUCUGUUGUCAUCCAUGGCUUUUUAUAAUCGCGUGCGGUGAAGGUUUUCAUCACAGUGACAUCCUCCGUGCAUUUGGCUAUGUAGCUGAUUACUGCCUCCGCAUACCCCUCAAUGUCUGUAUGGUCAUCACAGGAGGCUGCUGUUUUGAAUACGUCCCAGUCUGUGCGCACAAAACAGUCUUGUAGUGCUGAGGCUGCUCCUUUUGGCCAGACCCUUAUCUCUCUUUUCUCUGCUCUCACAUGUUUAAGCAGUGGUUUAUAUGCUGGUGUUAGCAUGACAGAUAUGUGGUCAGAGUGGCCAAGAUGGGGUUGGGGGGCUGCUUUGUAUGCCUAUGGUGUGUUGGUAUAAACCAAGUCCAGUGUGUUGUCUCCCCUGGUUUUGAAAUCCACAUAUUGCAGGAAUUUGGGGAACACAGUCUUUAAGCUGGUGUGGUUAAAGUCCCCAGCAAUCACCACAAAGCUGUCAGGAUGUGUAGUCAGUAGCUCACUGGUGGCUUCAUGUAGGCCUCCCAGUGCUUCGUUACCAUUAGCCUUAGCAUUGGCACUGGGAGCUACGUAAAGAGCUGCCACAAGCAUGAUGGUGAAUUCCCUCGGCAGAUAGAACGGCCGGCAUUUCACAAUGAGAAAUUCAGCCAGCAGUGAGCAGUGUUUAGCAGCUACUGUAGCAUUCAUACACCAGUCUUUGUUUAUAUUGUGGCGACCCACUUUCUACACAAGCGAACCGGCUCACAAAAUAGCCCGCACGGGGGGAGAGACUUUUGUAAUGCACCUCUGACGUCAUUUCCGCCCAGAGAGGGCUGGAAGGGAACUGCUUAAAAGCCAGUGCCGUGAAGUUUGAAGAAAGGAGUCUCGAGUGCGACUUACUGACUGUGUGUCGUUAUUUCUAGCUCUGUGUGUAGCACAUUGCUACAAUAUAGAUACACAUACCUCCUCCUCGGCUCUUACCGGAGCUAGCUGCCUCUCUGUCCACACGAAACGAUGUCACUCCCUCUAGCUGUAUCGCCGCGUCCGGUAUGUUGUCAUGGAGCCAGGCUUCAGUUAAGACAUACACACAGCAGUUUUUAAAUUCCUUGUGUGUUUCUCUCAGCAGACGCAGCUCACCUAGCUUGUUGUCAAUGGAGCGGACAUUUGAGAGCAAGAGGGACAGUACCGUUGGCCUGGUGGGGUUAGCUUUUAGCCUAGCAUGGAUGCUGGCCCUCUUACCCCUCUUCUGUCUUCUCUCACAGCGCUUUCGCUUCCUCCUCCCUCCGGAAGCAGCUGGCUUGGUAGCGGAUAGUAGUCCGUAGCGGCGUAAACUGUCCAUGUCACACCAGAACUCGUCAGUUUUUCCGACACAGCAUGCCCUGAUGUUAACGAGCAUAUUCCGACUGUAUGUUAUGCGUCUAGGACAAACAGAACAAACACUGGAUACGCUUAUCACUCCCCGAGGGGCCGCUGCGUCCAUGCACGCCGCCAUCUUUCAUAUUUCACUUGAAGGAUGUGGUGACAGCGGCCUGGAUGAGUGAAGAGCUGAAGAUGUCAGUGAGCUGGUGUGCACACUCCCUGAGUACUCAGCCAGGGAUGUUGCUGGCCCAGCCGCCUUAUGGGGGUUGACUCUAGAGUUCUCGUGUCUGCUGCUGUUACAGAUUGUGCUACUCACUUGGGAGGAGGGUAACUAUCAUGGCUGGCAUUGUGUUGCAUUCCUCAAGGCGUGCAUAAAAGCUGUUUAGAGCGUCAGGGAGGGAGGCGUCACUAGUGUUUUUACUUGUGUAGUCAGUAAUGCCCUUGAUAGCCAGCCACAGAUGCCGGGGAUCAUUAUUAGGUAGGUGUUCCUGAAUUUUUUUGAGCGUAGGUGGUCUCUGCCCUCUUGAUGCCUACGAUGAGAUUUCCCCUGGCUGUUGUGUAAAAGAAUUGAAGGCAGCAGUAGGGAGCGCAUCUCAACAUGCAGCCAGGGGUUCUGCUUGGGCUGUGAGUUGACCGUUCCUGAAGUACUAACAUCAUCUAUGAACUUACUGAUGUAGCUGGUUUAUUGAUGAGGCAUAUUCCUCAAGGUCUGUCCCUUCUCUGUUUGUGGGGGCCUCUUUGAACAUCUCCCAGUUAGUCUAUUUGGAAUAGUCCUGAAGCAUAGAGAUUGCCUCAUUAGGCCAUACAGUGAUAGUCCUCUUGUUUCUCCCAAGUUUCAUGGAAGCUGGUUUCAUGGAAAUAGAUAAAAAUGUAUUUAAAAAGCAAUGCAAACUACCAUUUAACUGAGUAGCACAUCAAGUAUUUAAGUGAAAUACAAAUUGAGUUAGAACAGUACCAAUUCUAUUGCAGUACUAUAAAAAUAUGUAUUAGUUCCUAAUAGUUAUCGACGAAGGAAUUCAUCCCAUAUACACCGCCAUGUUCUUUUGAUUGACUGUAAAUGAACAAAAUCAGUGCAGACACCUAGUGCAGAUAAUGGACUGCCCUCAUUGCCUUCCGGCAUGAAGUAGUGUCGUAAUCCAACAAUAGAUUUCCUGGCAUCCUGUGUAGUCACUAGCUCAAGUGCAGGCAGUAGUGUAAUUUUUUUUUCUUUUGGUUAGUGUAGAUUCUUUUCCUGGCAUCUUGGCCAGGGUCUGAAAUUUUUAGAAGACAAAAUAAAACAAAAUUAUGAAAAAUUAUUGCUUUUGGAAUCUGUAUCCAUCAGCCCAAAUGGAAAACAUAACACAAGCGCAGGGAAGUGAUGUUAUUUUAAAAUUGUUUUCUCUAAGGACAGUGUACUGUCUAAUGGCCACACAAGUGUACUUGGCUGUCGCUACUUAGAAAUUGUUUGGCAGCAGUCUCCUUUCCCAAUUAAGCGGCAUAGUGUCCCAAAUAAAUGCAGGGAAUCCCGGCUAUUUUAAAGAUUAGUUUUUGUUCUUUAAAAAUUGUCCCAAAUAAGUGGCGGUCGAUUAACUAAUAGCCUAAUUAACCAGAAUCCACUGUAUAUUUAAUGCUUAGAUUCACUGUUUAUAUUUUAAUACAAUAUUUGCUUUUGUUCAAGGAAACUAAUGUCCAAAUAAAGGUGGUGCAGUCUGAUAGGUCACACAGCUGUCUUCACUUGCGUAUACACCAUAAAUCUGUAGUACAUUAUCAUCUGCUGCUGCCUGCUGUAAGACGUGAGAGAUACAGUGUGUCCCAUUCACCAUUGUACCAUCUGGGUUGACGUAUCCCCUGUUUGUAUGGCAACUGACAAUCUCACCUGCUGUCUUGGCGUUACCUUUGGCAUGAGUCCUGUAGUCAGGAGGAUAUGGCUAUUGAUUCAGCAAGGAAUAUUUGUUCUUCUCAUUUUUCUAACCAUGAACCACCUGUCAAACUGGGUGUCUGUCAAUGUGCUAUGAGCACAUGUUAUCUGCCUAAAAUCUCAUGGGUUUUUAGCAGGGGUCUUGUUUAUUAACUAACUGCACCAGAGGUUUAUUCUGGAACGAUAUUAUUCCCACUUGAGGAUCUUAAAACAUAGCCAGCAGCUCUGUUUAUUUAUUCCACUUAUUGAGGAAACAGAAGAGAUUCUGUCUCCAAGUCUUCAUCAUAACCUCCUCAUCUCUGGUUCCACUUUCUCUCUUACUCCUAAUCUAUCAGGAUAAACUAAACAAGAUAGUCAGACGGCUGCUUACAUGUAAUAAAUCUGCAGCGUCUCUACCUAACCUCGCAUCAUCUCCAAUUUAAAUCUAAGGGUGAUUAGAAUACCGAAUGACAGGAAAGGGGAUUCUAAACUUGCUCUUCCCUCCAGUUAAAAUACAGUCAUUAGAGAAUGUCUCCAACAUUCUGCCUGCUUGGGGACCAAUGAUAAGUGAACCCCUCCCGUACUGAGGAACAGCCUCUUCAUCAAGUGUAGGCUCCCUGUGGAUGGUAUGUUGUUUGGGACGUGUUCAAGCCUUUGAGCAAUUGAUAACUGUUCAUGUUACACAUGGCAGCCUUGUAAACAAAUUAUUUCUGAAUAUAUUUAUGGUGCUAAAGAACAACUUCAGUACUCAAGAUUUAUGAAAUAUCAGUGUAUUUUAAGACAUAUAACUUCUGCAUAAAGUGCAUGUUGCUGCAUGUUCUAUUUUUAUAUGUUGCUUCUGGUCAUUGGUGAACUCCUCAGAGUCCGGCCACCUGAUGCGUGAGUCUCUCUGCGCGAGUUACUCAGCAUUUCCAUUUCUGCACUGUUCAUGGAAGUUUUCUUACAAAAAAAAUAUUUCUUUAUAUACAUUUUUAAAGAUAGCACUGUUUGGGGAAAAAAUGCUAAAAUGUUUAUGAUAUAGACAGUACGAUCAAUAGCUAAGCCACUCUGUUGCUGAUUGUCAGCAGAUGUAAAUGUUAAAGCAAACUGUGGGUAAGCUGUUCACUCUGGAGCAACAUGAUGGGAGAUGACCAUAAAAAGUCAAAAUAAAUAUGCUGAGAACAUGAUGUGUUUUUGACACCAGCCUCCACGGUUUAUAUAAGUUGGUGUUCAGAGGAGCCGGUCUCUUCGUUAGACUGAUCAGUAGACUGUCCAUAUACUCCACCACAACAAGCAUAGAAAUAAACACAGUGAAAUUGGGUAAAGCAAAUUCAUUAUCCUCAGGGAUAUUUUAGCAAAAUGUUUUUUUUUCCCUGAUGGAAACUAUGCACGAGUUAUUUAAAAGAUUUCUACCAGACCGAGGAGGAGAAUCCAGGAAUGUUUAGAGGAAUAAAAGUUUGUGCUUUACCCCUAUUCCUGGUGGUUGAGCUGUUGCAAGCCAGUGCUGUACGAACAUCCAGCUGAUGUUUCCUGUUCUCGUGGAAUCAUAGAAGGCCACAGCACAGAAAUAAGCCCCUCAGCCCAUCUAGUCAGGGCUGAACUAUUACUUUGCCUAGUCUCAUCAAUCUGCACGUGGACCAUAGCCCUCCAUACUGUCCCAUCCAUGUAUCUCUUAAAUGUUGAGAUCGAAACCACAUUCACCACCUCCACUGGCAGCUUAUUCCGCACCCUCACCACCUUCUGAUCGAAGAGGUUCCCCCUUCAUGUUCCCCUUAAACAUUUCACCUUUUACCCUUAACCCAUGACCUGUAGUUCUAGUCUCACCCAACUCAGUGGGAAAAGCUUGCAUUUACCCUACCUAUAUCCCUCAUUGUUUCGAAUGGCUCUGUCAAAUCUCGCCUCAUUCUGCGCUAUAAGGAAUAAAAUCCUAGCCUGUUCAACCCUUCCGUAUAACUCGGGUCUCAAGUCCCAGUAGCAUCCUUCUAAAUGUUCUCUGCAAGCUUUCAAUCUUACUGAUAUCUUUACUGUAGGUAGGUGACUAGAACUGCACACAAUACAACAAGUUAGGCAAGGGAAAUCGUCAUUGGAAACCAGAGCAACAGCACUGAUCUACAAACAUUGAACUUCAGAAACACUACUAAAGUAGUAAGCGGUUCAUAAUUUUGAUAGUAGUACGACUGAGGGCGUGUCAGCAUUUUCAACAGUCAGUGUGUCGUAUUUGCCAAGUUGUUAGUAUUCUUAGCUGCUUGUUCGGAUAGACACUUGGGAAUGCUGCCUUCUGACCGUCUGGGUCAUCUGAGGCCUUAAAGCAAGUCUACAAUUACCAUGCAGUGCAGAAGUAGCAUCUCUGGCAGCCGAUGAUCACUUGUGGCCUGAAGUGCAGUCAAGCUCGAGUUUAUUGUCAUAUAUAGAAGGACAUGUGUUCACUGGUGCAGUGGAAAGCUUUCUUGCAGCAGCAUCUUAAGCAUUAGGUACAAGAUAUUCACAAGAAAAACAAAUUAUGCAGAAUAACAGAACGAGUGUAAUCACCUGCUUUGCAUGAAGGCUGGAAUGGUAAAUUGUGUCGUUACUACCAUGAAGAGCAGCCUUCCUCACCUUUUCCUCAUGCACUGCUGUCAAAUAUCAUGUCAGCCCUGUGUUUGUACGUCAACCAACUGCAGAUUUAUGCUUCCUACUUGUUGCCUUUCUCCUUUGGCCUCUCAUUUCUUGCCCUCAGCCUUCAUACAUGAGUUGGUAUAUCUCAGUCAGUCAUCAGCGUUCUAGCCUCUCUGUUUUGGAAGUUCUGAGCUUAACCAUCCCUGCAAACUUAACACCGAGUUAGUGCCGUACUGUGGGUAUGUCACGUCAUUGCAGAGACGGGAGGAGUGAAACAGAUCAUAAUGGGGAAGAAAAGUAGUUUCAAUAUCUCGCUCUGAAACCCACGGCGAGCCAGGACUGUCAGCAGCAAAUUGCAUUGUUACUGGCAUGCUGUGAGACUUUGACGCAAAUUAACUCUGUGUUUGUCUACAUUGCAAUAACACCAAAAAGCAAUUAAUGUAACCCUCUUUCUCAAAAGGUUAUCUUAAGGGGGUAGUAAGGAGUAGUCUACUACAAGGUACACUACAAUAUGUUAAUGACGUAGUGAUUAAUAUCUGUUCACAGAGAAAUGGCAGGACAUAAUUGAACUGCUAAUCAUUUCUUUUACUUUGUGAGUAAGUUGAGGCUAGUAGGUAGCUGAACCACUUUUUUUUAUAAUUGGCUUCGUGCCUGCAAGCCUUUGCACGUCUCAGCUACCAAAUGGAAUCCAGACAUAUCACCAGUGAAAGGACAGGGAAUCAGAAAGUAGUCACUCCCUCAUGUGCAUCUCCUGGUGAACAGCAACGCAGCAUUGACAGGGACCUGGAUGUAGCAAUGCACACCAUGCUCCUGAAAAAGAAAGGUACCAGACAUAAACUCAAAACUAGUAAAACAGCAAGGUGUUUGAAUAGACACUGUAUUAUGUAUGUAUGUAUUCUGAAUUUUUCUUCAUGAUGGAAGUUUUUAAUUGCUUGUAUUUUAUACCAAAAAAAUAGAAUCUGCAAAUUAAAUAAAAACAUGACUUACUU